UUAAUUUAUGGUCUUGUUGUAUAGUUAUAGGCAUAUAAAUUGCAUGAACGUACAAAUUUGUUUUAAACUGUAGCCGUAAGGUGAUGUGAAAAAAUAAUACGGUACCUAUCUGCAGGUUUGACGAGAAAAGUGGGGAGUUGUUGCGAGUGUUAUCAUUUGAAAAGUAAUCACGACCAUAGAGUAAAUAAAGUACUAGUAUCACGACUGCGGCAGAUAUGUACUUUCAGCCUGCGCACAAUAGACGUUAGACAGCGUUGCGAACAAAAGAUGAGGGUGCUUCAAGGUCUCGCGAGGCUAGUCGCGUCCGUGAGCAGUUGCCGGAUCAUUAGCCGACAGUCUCUUGUCAGUCUACGUUGCACGCAGAGGUUCUUCGCGUCGUACACUUCGCCGGCCAUGGCUCAAAAAGUGAAGCUAAGCGACGGGAGCGAAAUACCAGUGAUUGGCCUGGGAACAUGGCAGGCGCCCCCAGGGGAAGUGGAGGAGGCAGUGAAGACGGCCAUCGACGUGGGCUACCGCCACUUCGACUGCGCCUUCCUGUACGACAACGAGAAGGAGAUCGGGCGGGCCAUCCGCGCCAAGAUCGCCGAGGGCAAGGUGAAGAGGGAGGACCUGUUCAUCACCAGCAAGCUGUGGAACACCCAUCACCGGCCUGAGGUGGUGGUGGCCGCGUGCAAGAAGUCUCUGCAGAACUUCGGGCUCGACUACCUCGACCUCUACCUGCUGCACUGGCCCGUGGCUUUCAAGGAGGGCGACGACUUCUUCCCGUACGACUCGAAGGGCAACUUCAUCACCGAGGACAUCGACUACGUGGACACGUACCUGGCCAUGGAGGAGUGUGUCCGCCAGAAGCUGACCAGGAGCAUCGGCGUGUCCAACUUCAACUCGCAGCAGAUUCUGCGGGUGCUGGAGAAGGCCACCAUCAAGCCCGUCAUGAACCAGGUGGAGUGCCACCCGUACCUGAACCAGAAGAAGCUGACCAAGUUCUGCAAGGAGCACGGCCUCCAGGUGACCGCCUACAGCCCGCUGGGGGCGCCCAACGCCAAGUUCGCGCCCAAGGGCGUGCCCAAGCUCAUGGAGGACCAGCGGCUGGUGGCGGUCGGCAAGAAGUACGGCAAGAGCCUGGCGCAGGUGGUGCUGCGGUACCUGAUCCAGAUUGGAGUCAUCGUGAUCCCCAAAUCAACCAAUGCUGAACGCCUGAAACAAAAUAUGAACAUAUUUGACUUCAAGCUGAGCGACGAAGACAUGAAGUACAUCGACAGCUUGGACUGCAAUGGCAGGACUUGCCCGUUCACUGAGUGCGAACAUGACAAGAACUUCCCAUUCGGCAUUGAGUACUGAGAGCGACGACCGUCUGCAGCAUCAGACAUCACUGCCAGCACGUGGCAUGUGCUGGGUUCGAAGAUCAGCUGGACCUGCAUCAGCUUCUCAACCAAAGAUCAUCUUAAAAUUUCACUGUUUCAGUUCCAGAUCUUGAAGCAAAAAGAGCUCGAAAUAAAUAAUAUAUUAUUUUAA